CCUCUCUUCCACCUUUAAUUAUAUGCUACUACAUUUAAUUACUUUUCUUAAUCUCUCUCUUUUCUCUUUCUCUUUCACCGCAAUGCCAACAAUUCUAUAAACACACUCACACACAGUCUCUCUCUCUCUCUACACGUACGCAUGCACCUGAUGAACUCCGAUUUGAUCGCAGAUAUGGAGAGAACCCUACAAUUCGAACACCAUCACCAGCAAUACAAUCAAUCGUCAUUUAUCAAUGAUGAUUGCGAUCAUUUCUCAACCGGAUACCUUCAAGAUGUUCUCUUUGAAUUCAGCUCCAAGCGUAGAAGGAUAACGGAGAACUGUUGGACGUCAAAUCUGAUAGAAAAUUUCAACAGCACCCUCACUCAAAUGACCGAAUGCGACACCGUUUCAGAAUUGAAAACGCCUGAGGAGACAGCAGUUUCGGAAACAUAUGAUUCAUCAAUAUCAGUGUCUUCUCACAAAGAAUCACCUGAGAAAGGAAGUCUAUAUUGCAUAGACCCCAGUUUUUAUGCUUCUGAUGGUAGAGGCGAUAAAAGAAAAAAGAGGGUGGUAGCGAAAGUGGUGUACCCUUUUGCUCUAGUGAAGCCCGGGGGAUUCGAAGGAGACAUGACACUAAACGACAUCAACGAGAGAAUCCUAAUGACCCCAACACGGCCAGUACGACACCCUGUAGGAGACUUUGCUUGUCGGCCGCUAGUCUCGCCAGAUGGACCAGGUCUUUCUGGCAAGGCUGUGGUGGCCUUCACAAGAAUUCAUACACAAGGGAGAGGCACAAUUACUAUAAUUCGGACAAGAGAUUGAUGGGAGCAAGAAAUUAAUUUCUUGUACAAUUUUUCAUGCAAGAUUUGGAUAUGGUGAGGAUCAUAUGCACUUGUUUGUUUAAAAGAUCGCGAAUGGGAUAUAAUCCAAAAUAGAGAAAAGAAAAUCGAGUACUUUAUAUUCAAAUAUGUGUAUAUAUAUUUAUGCAUAUGGUACAAGCUUGUAUGUAGUUACUAUAUUAAUUAGUUGUUUUUAUGCAAUCUGAAAUGUUAGACUUAAAUCAAAGUUAAGUGAUC